AUGGCCAUCUCUCCUUCUUUCUUUCGCAUCCUGGUCGUCGGCUUUGUCGCCCUAGGUAGCACCACCUACGGUUAUAGCUCUAGCAGUAUAUUCACCACUCUCGGAAAACCGUCCUUCCUGUCCUAUUUCGUAUUGGAUAUGAGAUUAGGUGCCGCGCAACUUGAAGGUGCCAUCAAUGAGCUUUUCCAAGCUGGUGGUCUGUUUCGCAGUCUGUCAUGUAUCGGUUCAGCUGAUAGGCUAGGACGUAAAAUGUCAAUAUUGAUUGCUUGUUCGGUAACUGUCGUUGGCGGAGCUUUACAAGCUGGUAGUGUGCAUAUCGCCAUGUAUCUUGUUUUUCGGUUUAUUACUGGUCUUGGUGUUGUCCCAUUGUAUCAGUCUGAAGUCUCUCCACCAAAAAUCCAUGGCUUCCUAGUCGGUAUCCACGGUGUCAUACUCUGUCUGGGCUACGCUCUUGCAAGCUAG